ACCCUGUAAGCAGCUGGUCUAUUUUCUUCAGUUUCGAUUCUGUCAAGUUUAGCUCAGCGUUAGAAUAAAUCGGAAUGGCUAAUGUAAACCUCGCGCAGGUCAUCCUGCGGAAUGCCCUCCGCACCAAGGUUGGCGUCCGACAUAAUCACGAUUUGAUCGUACAGAAAAUCGGCAAACGUGAAAUUGUCGGUUACGGCUGGAACGGAUUACCAGUGUACGCUGAUCGUGUGGAUUACCCAAUGCCACCAAUCCGCUUCAAGGAGCCAACGCCCGAUGUGUUGGCUCUGCGUGAAAAGGAGAAGGGAGACUGGAAGAAGCUGUCUAUCCAGGAGAAGAAAGCACUGUACCGUGCAUCCUUCUGUCAGACCUUUUCUGAGAUGAAGUAUCCAACAGGAGAGUGGAAGAUGUGUCUCGGGUUUGGUCUGAUUGCCAUUUCGAUGAGCAUUGCUACCAUGCUGAUGAUGAAGGCGUUUGUUUACGACGAUCUCCCGAUUACUUUCGAUGAAGAGCACCAGAAAGCUCAGCUCAAGCGUAUGCUUGACCUUGGUGUUGGCAACAUCGAUGGACUUUCAUCCAAGUGGGACUACGAAAACAACAAGUGGAAGUAAACCCUUGCCCUGCAAAGUAUUAGUUGGUAAUUGUGUACUAUAAUUGUCUAUCGCUGCAGGCGGUGUUCAUUCCGUCUUCGAAUUGGCUAUCAAAAGAAACUAAUAAACUUAAUUAGGUUUCUCCUGAUAUCAUUUUUG